AUGAAAGGCUUAUUACUGUUACUCUGCUUAACAGUUUCAUUCGCUUAUGAAGAUGAUGUUUUUGUCGAUAGUGUUGAUUUUGAUGAUGUAUUUGAUGAAGACUUUAACUAUGACGAAGAUUAUGACAACGAAUACAAUAAUGAAGACUUAGAAGAUGUUAAUGAACUGGAAGAUGAUUUUGAAGAUGAUGAAGAGGCAAGAAGGGCAAGAAGACCUUCAAGUAGGUCUUCAAGAAGCUCAUCAAGAAGUUCUUCAAGAAGCUCUUCACGUAGUUCUUCAAGAAGCUUUUCUAGGCGCACUAGAGUUGGUGUUGCUAGAUCACUUAAAAAGAAUGUUAGAAGCGCUAAAGCACAAAAGAGAUUUAAUAAAGAAAAAAGAAAAGCCAAUAAAGAAAAAAGAAAAGCCAAUAAAGAAAAAAGAAAAGCAUUAAAACAACAAAGAAAAGCCCAAAAAGAAAAGAGAAAAUUGGAAAAAGAGAAUAAAAAAGCACUGAAAGAACAAAAGAAAGCUAGUCGUCUUGCUAAAAAGGAAGAACGUAAAAUAAAGAAAGAAGAGAGAAAAAUUAAAAAAGAAAAUAGAAAAGCAAUAAAAGAAGCCAAAAAAGCACGAAAAGUAGCUAAAAAAGAAGAAAGAAAAACAGAAAAAGAAAAGAGAAAGUUAGAAAAAGAAAAGAGAAAGUUAGAAAAAGAAAAGAGAAAGAAUAGUAUUGAUAAAACUAAGUUAAAGGCUCAAAAGAAAAAAGCUGAAAGAAAACUUAUUGCUGAACUUAAAAAAUUAUCUAAAGCCACUAAAAACGCACCAAAGAAAGUCCUUAAGAAGUUAGCUAAAAUUAAAGAUAAAAAGUUCAUCAAGAAAAAUAAAAAGCUUAUUCGAAGUAUUAUCUUUAAAUCUGGUGCUAAGAUGGCAGCUAAAAUGGCAGCUCUUGCCAAGAAAGGAAAGGAUAUAUCAAAAGUUUGGAAAAAGAAAUGGGCAUCAUUCAUGGAUAAGAAAUUAUUGAAAUACCUUUCUAAGAUUAAAUGCCCUGAAAAGAGAAGAGAAUUUUAUGAACUUAUGAAGAGAAAAUAUUGGAAACAAUGCUGCAAUUGCUCAUGUUGUAAACACACAACCCCUCCUCAUACUCACUACUACAGCCAUUGUAAGAAAUGCCAACAUGGACAUAUAAGUUCAGGGUCAGUCUCUGAUUCUUUGUCUAUCACUGGAUCGUCUUCAUCAGGUUCCACAACUGGAUCAUCUUCAUCAGGUUCCACAACUGGAUCAUCUUCAUCAGGUUCCACAACUGGAUCAUCUUCUGGAGCUUCUACAAGCACAAGCAUUACUGGAUUAGGAGGUAGUGGAAGUGUUGGUACUAGUAGUUCUAGUGUUAGUGUAAAUCCUAUCUUCAAUAAUAAUAUUGGUCCCUAUAACAUUCCAUACACACAAGUCACUCCUAAUAUCCCAGUCAAUCCUAUCGUUAAUCCAGUCACCCCAUCUAAUCCAGUUAUACAAAUUACACCAGUAACUCCAACUACUCCUUCUGAACCAGUAACUCCUACUGUUAAUCCAGUAACACCAGUAACUCCUACUGUUAAUCCAGUAACUCCUUCUUAUUAUCCACAACAGCAGCAACAACAACAAAUCUUUUCACCACAAAUUAUUCAAAGCGCUCCUGCUACACAAGCACCAAUUAUUAUCCAAGGUUCCUCUGGUAGUUCAGCAGCAAGUUCAGCAUCUAGUGCAGCCUCAAGUGCAAGUUCAGCAGCAAGUAGCAUACCAUCAAUCACUAUGCCAUCCAUUAAUAUUAACAACGUUAACAAUAACAGAAAUGGUGGAUCAGAUUUAGGAGCGGACUCAGAUUCAGAUUCCUCAAAACCGUCUUCUUCUACAGUUGUAGAUCAAUCUGGACAACCUAUUGUUACUCCAACAGAAGAUUAUGCCUCUCCAAAAACUGGAGUUUCAGAAACAGCUAUUGCUGAAGCUGAUGUAGUUGCAAAGGCGGCUGCUGAAGGACAAUCUAUUGAAGAUAUUACUGAAGCCCAAAACCAAGCCAAUGUUGAGGCUAAUUUUGGAAUUAAUGCACAAACCACAGCUACUUCUUCUGGAUUUGCUGAAGUAAAAACUGAAAAUAAUAAUGAAGAAGAGAGUACAAGUAAAACUGUUACAGAAACCGAUAAUUAA